UACUAGACGUUGUAUCAUUACGGCGAAUACUGCAAUAGAAAGGAUGAACUUGUCUUCUACUUGAAGGGAGGAUACAAUUACAUUUAGUUUGGCUGUAGUAGCCCUUUAAUUUGAUAACAGUUGUCUUCAGUACUCGACACCAACUUAUCAGACAAAGAAGACUGUGAAGAGACUUAGUUAUUUUUCCUCAAAGGUUGUCUUUAAACCUUUCUGUUUUUUUUAACGACCUUGUUGGUUUUAUAUUUUUUUGUAGUGAAGGGACUAAUAGACCAGACAGCAAAGUGGAUUUAACGGGUGCGUCGCCGCCUUCCACUUUAUCUCCAAGAUGCUAUUGGUGUCUCCGCGGCUAGUCGACACACCUCGCAUGGAGCCCAUACUGUCUGGAUCACUGAAGAGGAGGCUGACUGCGACUGAGGGGGCCCACCAGGGGGGCUUACGGCAGGGCCAAGGGCCUGGUAACGGCCCUGGUCUGUGUCUGAACGGUACCUCUGACGGUUCCUCCAUGACCCAGGGGCCCGGGGGGCCCACCAAGCGACUCUGCCUGGAGGAUGUGACCCUCGCCAUGGGUACCAGCUUCCAGCAGAGCCCUUACUCUGGAGGACCCAGUCCUGGAGGUCAUGGAGUACCUGGAAGUCAGGGGUCACUUGAUGGUAACAGGCUGGGGAAUGGGAACAAUGGACUGGGGUUGCCCUUCUCCAUGCCCCCUAAGGCGAGUCCUGGGUCUGGGGGGCCUGGAAGUGUUGGUGGAGUAGGACAAUUUCACCCCAAUGGAAGCUCCUCGUCGGCCCCAUCGGUUGAGCAGGAGCUCCAGGAUAUUCUGGAUGAGUUGAUCAAGAACCCAGAUCCUUCUCUGCAGGAGUUGGAUCUGGACAAGAUACUGGGGAAUAAAGAGGAGCAGAAUCAAGGGCCAGGGCCAGGGUACAUCCACCCACAAUCGCCCAAACGCUCCCCCCAGAGACCCACCUCUCACCUGGAGAGCCACCUCACCCACUCCCCAGGCUUUCCACAGGCAGGGUCUCCCCAAGUAGGCCCGAGUCUGGCCGGAGCACCCUACUCCAUCCCCCACCCCUCCAAACCUGUUCCCUCGCCCCUCUCGGCUUCCCCACACCAUUCCUCUUCCUCUUCUUCCCAGAACCAAGCUCGUUCUCCGAUGUUAUCCGCCGCCCUCUCCUCUCGACCUGGGUCUACUUGGCACGAAGUAUCGCGAGCCCAACAGCUCCAGCAAAUGGCGUCCAACUCCAACAAACACCUUUCCUCAAAUACCCCUAUCCCCCAGAACCAGACCCAGAAUCAACCCCAGACCCAGGCCUCUAUGCCUCCUCUAUCCCAGCAAGGCUCACCCUGGGGCGGGCAGAAACUCCCCAACUCCUCCCCUCUCCACCAACAACCAUUCAGCCCAGCUGGAAGCAUUCAAAGCCCCCAGGGUUCGAUGUCGAUCUCCAGCCUGGUUCCAGCUCCGUCCGCAGGGCCUUCACCACCCUACCGCCCGGAUAAGCUAGGCAGUCCGGCUCUCGCCCAACCCCCCUUUAGCCCACAGAGUACCCUCCUACCUUUAGGAACCACCAGCACAUCCAGCACUUCAUCCAACAUCCAGGGGUCACAGGCCAACUACAUGCCCAGUGGAGGUGCACCAACAUCGGGCGCCACAAGGCCGUCGCCCCCCUACCGAACCGACAAGCCUCACCAAAGCCCGGCUCUCCAAUCCCAGCAUCAACCUCAACCCCAGAACCAACCCCUACCCCUACCCCAAACCCAACAACCACAUCCAUAUAGCACCCAGAACGGGUCAGGACCCAACAACAACAUGUCAAGUCAGCUCUACAAAGCCAUGACGGCGGGUCAACCCAGCAGCCUCAAGCUACUCAUGCAACAACAACAACAACACCAACAACAACAUCAACAACAGCAACAGUCAAACACGCAACAGCUACAGACGAAUGCCCAACUGGGCCAACACCCGUCCAUGUCCAAAGCAUGCAGUGGUGGAGUCCCCCACCAGGAACCCUCAUAUUCCUUCACCAACACCAAGCCCCUCCGCCAUUUUGACCUGGACCCCCAGCAGAAGAUGGGAGGAGUGGGUGGCCCCCCUAUGGGCCCUGGACAGGGUGGGCCCCCCAACCCCAUGGCUGGUUACCGGGGAAUGCAGCAUGGUGGUGCAGCCGGAACACCAGCAUCAGUAGCAGCGAACCAUGCCCAUCUAUUGCAACAGAGGAUGCAGCAGAGAGCAGCAAUGCAGCAGGCCGCAGCAGGAAUCAUGGGGCCACAACACUGUAGAGAGGAGCAGACCCCAGGAAUGGUCUCUCGUCUCCAGGACCCAUCAGUCCCCCGUCCAGCCCAGACCACCACCAACUACAACCUGCUGCUGAAGAGCCAGCUCAUUAGGAAACACCUCCAACAGGAGCAGAAGAGGCAGAUGGAACAGAUGAACGGACCACAGAUGGCGGAGUGUCAGCAGGGGGCACCAUUUACAGGUGGUGGCCGGCCUCUCCCCCCAGAUUGUGGCAGAGGCUACCCCAUGGGCGGUCCCCAGCUAUCCCACGGAGGUCCCCUCCCUACUGGGCCCGGCCGCCUCUCCCUUCCCCCUUGCCAUCCAGGCCACCCUGGACCCCCAGGAUCUCUCACCCAAGUGGGCCGCCCAGUAGGAGGCUUCAUGGGUGGGCCUCCAGGUUCCAAGCAGUCCCUCUACCACCCUCCACAGGUGGGCGAGUUCGUUGGUGCCGGUGGUAUGCCAAUGAGACAACCGCAGUUACCGCACGGCAUAAUGGGAAUGGGCGGUCUGGCAGGUCCUCCAAGACCUGGGAUGCAGCAGCAGGUGUCUAGGACAGGGAUGACAAUAGGGGGUUCAGGGCCCGCGUCGGGGCCUGGAUCGGGGUUACUCCCUGGUCACCCCCAGCACCCACAGCAUCUACGCCAGGCUCUGCAUCAUGGUGGUGGAGGGGCGCCACUCCCACGAAUUAUGUUCACCGCCCAGCAAGCUCAUCAACAACAACAACAGACUGCAAUGUGGCCUCCGCAGCAACAGGGGGGGCUAGUGAAUGCCAUGCAGCAGUGCAUGCCUUGCGGUGACUCCCACAUGGACCAGUCGGCCAAUCACCAGCAGCCGCACGGACAUGUUUUUCCUGGAGGGGGCGGGGCUUCAAACGGAAGUUGUGGUCAGAACCCUAACGCCCAGUUUACCCAGCAGGCAUUGCGGUCGGGGAUACCCGGAGGCGGCAGUGGUAACAAUUUUGGCCCCCACCAAGGACCUCCGUCAUUACCCUCCAACCAGGGGGUCGAGGUGCCUUCCUUACCUAGCAGACUGAUGCAGAAGCUGGCUGUCUCCGUUGCAGGGCAGCCCCUACCCUCCAUGGUCCACCAGGGGCUCCAGGCCGGUAUGCGACCCAGGGGACCCCUCUCGGCCCUGGCCGGGAUGAAGCCCGUUCCUCCUGGUAUGAUCCACCCAGGCCACGGCAUGGCCCCACCAAGCUACCCUGCCUCUGGGGCCUCCAUCGCAAAACACCCCCAUUCCCAUCCACACCAACAUCAACACCCCCAUGGGCCUGGAUAUGGACCAGGACAGGGGAACCCCGGACACAAGCUACCCCCGUAUGAAUACACUCAGCAGGGGCAGAGCAAUGGGGGGAUGGGGGGUAGGCCUGGAGGAGGAGGAGGGGAGGUAGACUUUAUUGACACUCUGGUGGGGUCCAACGAAGACUGGCUGAACAACCUGACUAUGAUAGACGAGUACCUGGAGCAGAACUCAUAGGAGGGGGGUCAAAGGUUAGAGAUUAUAGUUCAGGGGUUAGGGGUCAGUUUGUUGACCUCUCAGCUGUAUAGAAGUGAUGUGGUUCUGGGGUGUGACAGGGACAGGGAAAUGGGUUAUUACAGGCUUAUGAAGGUGUGUGUACCUUUCUAGAAGCUUCUACCUGAGUGGACGUUUUUGAGUGAAUGUGAUUGGUUGUGUCAGAGUGAUGUACUACAAAGCCAACCAAUUCCCAGCCGCCCAACCCAAACUUCACCCCCCACUAUACCCAAAACGGUUCCACUCCCCACAAUUGUGCUGUCCGAUAUUGUCGGAUGCCAUUUUGGAAAGAGGGAAUGGCCCAAACGGAACACACGGAAUAUAUGGAACCUCAUAAUGCCGUGGUUACCCGGGAAACAGAAGCUGAAGCGUAACUCCGAAGAGCUAGCAGCAGAGUAGUAACCUACUGUAGCAGGAGUGAAAGAGCGGGAUGCCUCACAUUCUGGUCCUGACAAGAAGAAAUGUACUGUCGGGGGAGGUUAUCUUCUGCUGUUCAACCUAUCCAGUAAAUGUGGAGGAGUUAAGAUGGAGUGAAGCCUCGUUAACGUCCAAAAGCGUAAGUCGUGUCACAGGCUCUCUUCCAUUCAUCCGGUUUUAGCCGGCCCGCUGAGGGUGGCAGAGUAGUGGAGUCCAAACAUUUUCAUUGGCUGUUUCUGUGUCUGUUGCUAGAACAGUGGACUAAUAAAGUUAUUUAAAAUCUUCUCCCCUGUAGGGAUAGGUGUAUAAAACACACUGUGAUUGGAUGAAAUCAAUGUCCUCCAGCAUGCAAUAGGUCCAAUGUUUUUCAGUGCAAUGUUGUGAUCUGUACUAAAUUUAGUUGAAUUUGCAACACCAAAUCUGAGGUUUACUUUUGUUUCAAAGUAUUUUGGUCUGAUUUGGAAGCACAGCUAAAAAUAAAGAUUCCAGAUUAACCAAUCCGAUUAGCUCCUGCUCUCACAUAAUGCCGUUGAGUCAAUAAAAUAUGAAUAUACAGUGAAAAACAGCCAUUCCCUGAUCAGGUUGGGGUAAUAUCUAUCACUGAUUGGCCAAAGGAACUACAGAGAUGGUCUGCCAUUGUUUCCAUGGCAAAUUGUCAUCACUAUUUUGAUGGUGAUCAGGAGUGUGGGGGCUUGUACAUAGUAAACUAUUUUGUAAAAUAUGUUUUUGGUAAACUGUAUCAUACACAAAAGAGAAGUACACAUAUUUAUACUUCUUUUCUGCAGAUUAAGUCUUCAGAUUCCCUUUGUACAUACAUUAUUUAAAAAAUAUAAACAAACACACAACAAUGCUGCAAAGAACAUUGAAAUUAUAGCUCACGAAAUGAAAUCUGUUUUACACUAGAAUAACCUUAUUGUAAUUGGUUUGAAAUAUGCAAGACAAUACAAUUAGUGUCGGUUUUUUUUCAGUAAUACUGUGUAUUACAAUGUUAUUACAUAUUUGUUAUGUUUUUGACAUAACUUGAGUCCUGGUACCCCAAUGGCCAAGGCUUCUUUUGAAAGGUGAUAUAGAACAUUCACAAUACACACACCAUGGAAAUAUACUGUUACACACACACACACACACACAUACACACACCCUCUCUCACUCUGGCACUACCCAUACCUGUGAGGUCAAAGUUAAUCAUCUUGGUCCAUCUACUGUACUGUAAUAUCUUUGUUCACAGGCAAUAUAUCCAUAGAUUUAGACAUUGUCAACAAUACAUAAUCCAAACCAACAAUAUAAUCUGUUUGAUCUGUAUUACCAUAUCACAAGGUAAAGAACACAGCCUAACUUAAAGUGGAAGGCACUAUCAUAGAAUCACCACACUCUAUAAAGAUGCAUUAGUCUAGAGUCGCCUCUUCUCCUUGUCUCCUUUCCUUCAUUCACACAGAUUUGAAAGAAACGGACAGGUGGCAAAUAGGCUUCCGCAAUAUUGCUUUCACAUAUCCGAUUCCUAUCCUUUCAGAUUAGUGCUGAUAAAGGGAAGACUAGGAAAGGAAGCUUCUGUAGAUUAUUAGGAUGCACCCCCAUUUGGGUUUCCCCUACCUUUGGACCACACAGGCUGGUGGACAAUGACUUAAAAGCCAUGAAAAGAGGUUAAUCGACUAUCUGUGAUUAUAUUUUUUGUUUUUUGUCUUGAUAUUUUUUUUGAUUUAAAAUAAUAAACUGUAUAAAUGGGAGAGAAAAAAUA